UAAGACCUAUUUAACGUGAUUAAAAGAAGAAAGCACGAAACAAAGCAUAAAAAUAAUUAGGUGCUGUUGUCGCUGGUUUCGCUUUUGAUUCUGACUUGAAAAUAUAUCUUUCAUAUAAAAUAUGUUCCGGAUUUUUCUCACUUUAUCAAUUUUUUGGAAUCCAUUUCUUGCUCUGCCCAGAGAAACCAUCAUUCAAUAUCGGCACACUGGAGUCGUCGGUAAGACGGAGACAACAGUGGAGAUGGUGACCAUCAACGAUGUCCCGGUCCCAUGGAAUAAAAGCAUCAGCAUUCUGUCAAUCAACAGGGAAAAUGACUUUGACAUUAUCCUGCAGAUGAUCGUCAAAAGCUACAAUCAUACCGCUGCGAGCAAUCACACGUAUCAGCGCUUGCUGGAGUGCCGGGUGGAAGGGAACGGGAUGCUGACAAUGUCAGAGCGCAUCCAGUACGACGGAAAGAAUUACCUGAGCCUGGAAAGCACCAGGGACGCCUGGAUCGCGGCUGUGCCGCAGGCGCUCCAGAUGAAGGAGGAACUGGACCGCGACCCUGCACGCACAGGGCUACAGAGUAUGCAUCUCCAGAACAGAUGCACUGAGUUACUAAAGGAGAUCACGCGCAGCGAGCAUUCUUCCACAGAGGCAUUUCUGAAAUAUCUGUUACCCAUCCUGGUAAUAGUGGCAUUUGUCAGCAUGAUCCUAGUCAGCUUCUUCAUGUUUAAAAAGGGUUCAGGACCUCCAGCAGGUGUUCUAGGCUCCAUUGUCCAUUACCCAAGGGUAUGAAUACCCAUACGAAACCAGUGUUCAUCCCAGCAAUACCCAGGUACACUCCAUAUUAUCCCCAUUUACCAUCCACAGUAACCGGUAAUCCAUACUUGCCUUAUCUGAAAAGGUAUAUCAGACAUUGACUCUCUCCACCACUGAAAGAUUAGCAAAUUUUUAAAUAUCUCUUCUCAUAUUCAGUCUGCUCAGGAACCCAGCCCUCACCGCAUGGUGAGUGUGUCAUUUGUCAACUGACUAAGAUGCUAGCACCUGAUGAAUGAAGUAGUGGGAAUCCAAGUCGGUGUUGCUCACAAUGGAAGACUCCGAUUGAGACAGCAAAAACCUUCAUUCACCAGCCUAGUUUCACUCAGAAACUAAGCUAAAGAGACUUUCAAUGAGCAUUACACACAGAUCUCUGCCUCCAAAUCCAACCAAGGAGAACCACAAACAUCAACAGGAGACAGAACCAGGCCUCAUUUUCAAAGAGGGAUCGAGAGUAAGGGAUCCAGCUGUGUCCUGCUCCAGCCCACACCGAAGAGCCAGACCAGAAAACCAGCUUUACCAAGCACACAGAAAGGGCCAAGCCACAUGCAACUUCCUGCUGUACAGCAGCUCUUGUUGAUUCUUGACCCCCCAGUGGUGGAAGGAGUUACCUGUGUGCCAGACCAGCAGAAUGUCAACCACCACUGUGCAGCCACGACUGACUGUCUUAUAGUGUACUGUUGCACCUUUGACUUAUAUCUUACUUUAUGACUUAUUUUGGCUUAUUUCAUGCUUAUGCACUGUUGCACUUUUAAUUUUGUCUUAUUUUGGGCCGCUCCCUUGUCACUCCAACCCUUUUGUGUACAUUAUUUCUAGCAGUAUUUCAAACACACAGAGCCUGAUUGCAUCUUGUGUCCCACCAUUUCAGGCUGCACCUCAGCCCCCUUUACCCAAGCAUAAAAUUUCCCAGCC